AUGGCUGCGGCUAUAUUCUAUACGAUUGGUGCGAUUCUCAUGGCUGUAAACUUCGGCUCCCUGGCGGAGCUGCUCGCCGGCAGAGUUCUGUCCGGGGUUGGAUCCGGACUUGGGAUGACGGCAGGAACCAUAUACAUCUCGGAAGUUGCACCCACAGAAAUGCGCGGCAUGAUGACUACUUUCUACAAUAUCAAUAUCAUGAGUGGAGUUGCUGGUAGCUACUGGAUAAAUUAUGCUUCCCUGGAGGUUCUUUCGGAACAAUCCAGCUGGCAGUGGCGAGCGACAUUGGUCCUUCAGCUAAUUCCCGCGAUUGCUCUCUUUGUUGGUUGGCCAUUCUUUCCUGAAAGCCCCCGAUAUCUGAUGAUGAGAGGAAAGGAAGAAGCGGCAAGAGCAAGUUUAUCAUCGCUUCGUGGGCUGGACCUCAGCAACAGCUAUUUCGUCCGCGAAUAUGACGAGCUCAAAGGCCGAGUUGAUGCUCAUGUUGAAGCAAAGUCCGGAUGGCAGGCCCUUCAAUCGCUGCUUGGGGCCUGCUUGAGAGACCCUCCGACUCGAAAGCUCCUUCUUUUUGUCAUGACUGUUCAGACCUUCUUCAUCAUGUCAGGAGGCAAUUCUAUCACAUACUAUGCACCGACGAUUCUAAAAUCCAUUGGAUUAAACUCGCAGCAAAGACUAUUAUUCACGGCAGUCUAUGGUUUGAUCAAAGUUGUCAGCGUUUUUCUGUAUGCCUUUGUACUGACAGAGCGUCUCGGUCGUCGUCCUCUAUUACUUAUCGGCUCUGCCACAAACACCAUAUGUGUUGCCGACUUAUCCAGCCCUUCUGCCAGCCCGUCACCAGCUGCAUGGAUAGCGAUUGUGGCUAUCUGUAUAUUUGCCGUCGGCUACGGCUUCGGGUGGGCUCCGGCUUUUUCUCUCACGGCCUCAGAAAUCUGUCCCACUUCAACUCGGGGAACGGUGGUCACUAUCGCCUUCGUUUAUCAGAAUCUGUUAAACUUCGGUAUCACGCGUGGGUUUCCGACCAUGACCGUCGAUAUGCACGCAUGUGGACCGUUCGCUCUCUUUGCGGGCUUUACAGCCUGCACGACAAUCUGGGUGUGGUUUUCUUUUCCCGAAUGCAAAGGUCGAAGUAUGGAAAGCGCAGACACCUUGUUUUCUCUGCCUUGGUACAAGAUCGGGUUUGCCAAAGUCGAAGAAAGACCGCAAGUGACCUCUAAGGCGGCUGUUGACUUGGAAAAACGCGGAUCCAGCGAGCAUGCUGAGUAUGCUGAGCCUAGUGGCCUAGAGGCGUCUAAAUAA